AGGCGCAGUCACUGAAGGUAUGGUUGAAAACCAACAGCUAUGCCGCGUAGCGCAGAAUCUAAGCUUAAUGUGUCUAACAACAUCAUUAGAUGUGCAUCCACUGAGAGGAACUGAGGAGUGGACAAAGAAAACCGAACGGAACAGCUGAAACACAAUAAUUAUUGUCUUCUCCGGAUAACUUCGUCUUCAACCGCUCGACGAGCCAAGGCGACGAUUAUUCUUUCCCCGGGCAUGCGAGAAAGAUACCAUCACCACCAAUGUUUCUCCUAGCCUCCGCCUGAGACGCCAGGGAUUUACUCCUUGUCCGUUUGGUUUUAUUUACUAUUAAUAAAACAAGCACACAAAAUAUAAAGAGGGUCAUUAUGUUUUUUUUAGCAUUCCACUCUAGAAGACGUUUGAAUAGAUUUUAUCUAGGACCGUUGGUUUUGCAAUUCUUGCUGUGGAUUUUAUGUGCUGUGAACGGAGAGGAGCAACCGUUCAGCGUAGAGACCUGGCUCCAGAGGUAUGGCUACCUCCCACCAACAGACCCCAGAAUGUCAGUCCUGCGGACGGCCCAGACCAUGCAGUCUGCUAUCGCUGCCAUGCAGCGCCUUUAUGGCCUCAACGUCACAGGAUCCCUGGACAGGAACACUAUAGAUGAUAACACAGUAAGCUGGAUGAAGAAGCCUCGAUGUGGGGUACCAGACCAGUUAGGGGGAGCAUCCAAAUUCAGUGUCAGAAAAAAGCGUUACGCCCUAACCGGGCAGAAGUGGCAGCACAAGCAUAUCACAUACAGCAUAAAGAACGUCACGCCCAAGGUAGGCGCAGAAGAGACGCAUGACGCCAUCCGGCGGGCGUUUGAUGUGUGGCAGAAUGUGACGCCGCUCCGCUUUGAAGCGGUCCCCUACAGUGACCUGGAGCGGACAAAGAAGGACGUGGACAUCACCAUCAUCUUUGCCUCUGGCUUCCACGGUGACAGCUCACCCUUUGACGGUGAGGGGGGCUUCCUCGCCCACGCAUAUUUCCCUGGCCCUGGGAUAGGAGGGGACACCCACUUUGACUCAGACGAACCCUGGACCCUGGGCAACCCGAACCACGACGGUAAGAUGGGUAAUGACCUUUUCCUCGUGGCGGUCCAUGAGCUGGGUCACGCCCUGGGACUCGAGCACUCAAAUGACCCCACAGCCAUAAUGGCCCCCUUCUACCAGUACAUGGACACGGAGAACUUCAAGCUGCCCCACGACGACCUCCAGGGCAUCCAGAAGAUCUAUGGUCCACCCGAUAAGGUUACCCAGCCGACCAAGCCUUUACCGACAGCCCCCCCACACCGAUCACAACCUCCCUCGGACCCCCGCAAGCCUGACAGGCAGACUCGACCCCCCAGGAUACCAACGGGGGAUAAGCCCAGCCACCCCAACGCCAAGCCUUACAUAUGUGACGGGGGCUUCAACACCCUGGCCAUUCUGAGAAGGGAGAUGUUCGUGUUCAAGGAUCACUGGUUUUGGCGGGUACGGGACAACGCAGUGAUGCCAGGGUAUCCUAUGCUCAUCAAUGUGUUCUGGAGAGGACUGCCCCCCAAGAUUGACGCUGUCUAUGAGAACAGUGAGGGGAAAUUUGUCUUCUUCAAAGGAAAGCAGUUCUGGGUGUUCAAAGACACCAUGCUCCAACCGGGCUACCCCCAGGACAUCUCCAUAUUCGGCCCCGGCAUGCCAACUCAGAGCAUCGAGACCGCCGUCUGGUGGGAGGACGUUGCCAAGACAUACUUCUUCAAAGGGGACAGGUACUGGCGCUACAACGAGGAUAUGAGGACAAUGGACCCGGGCUACCCUAAACCCAUCACUGUCUGGAAGGGUGUCCCGGAUUCUCCACAAGGAGCCUUCGUAGACAAAGCCAAUGGUUUCACAUACUUCUACAAGGGGAAGGAGUACUGGAAGUUCAACAACCAGCGGUUGCGAGUCGAGCCUGGCUACCCCCGCUCCAUUCUGAAGGACUUCAUGGGCUGCGACCUGACCCCGAUCGACCCCGAGCGUCCGCCCACGGAGGACGUGGACAUAGUCAUCGAGCUGGACAACGAGGCCAACACGGUGAAGGCCAUCGCCAUUGUCAUCCCGUGCAUCCUGGCCCUCUGUCUCAUCGUCCUGGUCUACGCCGUGUUCCAGUUCAAAAGGAAGGGAACGCCCAGACACAUACUGUACUGCAAACGCUCCAUGCAGGAGUGGGUGUGAUGACAGGGGAGGGACACAGAGGGGGUCCGCAAGUUGGACCAACAUCAAGUUAUUAUACCCCCCCAGUAUAAUGGAAUGAAUGGCCCCACAACUACAGCCAGACGGGGGGGGGGGGUGGAGGUCACACUAACGCCAGUGACCCCGCCGUCAUCAGAUCUGAGGACUGCGGCCCCCGAUUUUAGACCCACUCCCCGAAGCUCCCCUGUCUUUUUAAAGGGGGGUAGGGAGAGGACGGGGCCUUUGCCUAGAUAACACCUUCACCCCCCAUUUCUAGCCCCGCCCAACUACCGCGCCCGGUGCAAACUAAUUACGGGUGACUGCAUACUUGGAAUGUAUCUGAAAGGGGGCGUUGUGAACUGAGUAGGUUGGACUCGCAGUGACGGGUGUUUUCAGCGGGUGGGGUCAACGAGGCUCCGCUAUUGGUUGGACCAGCCCCAGCCCAACGCACCGCAGGUCAGUUUACAUAUCAGGUAAUAGGAAAACUGACGUGUCACGUUAAGAUAAUGAACGUGGUGGAUUGGGUUUGUUUAUCUGGCAGGUUAGAAGAAUUAGCUUUGUUUUAGGGGAAAGGGUUUGGCUAAAAUAAUACAUAGGUUUAUUGACUCAUCGUACUAAAACUGUCUGCUAACAAAUUGGUCCGAUUAACUGUUUACACCCAGUUUUGUUAAUGCACCAAAUUCUUUUGUAACGCCCACAUUCGGAUACAGUCAAACUGCAGUUACCCAUUUCUUGGUGAAAUCACUCUUAAAUGGGGAAGAACUUUCAGGUUGUUUUCAUUUCUUCCCAUGGUGCCCUGCAUCAGUCAUCCUCCUGUCAUCUAAUCAGCCUGUGAUCGAAUCAGUAGAACACAGCCAGUCCAUAGCUACAGUAUCUUACUGUAGGUCUUAAACCCUUCUGCACGCACUCAGAAAGACUAAAGACCCCCAAUAACUAACAUUGCUGAAUUUAACUAUCGAGUUACCAACUCCUGUCUCUUUUUAUUGUUUAGUUUUUUCUUCAAAAUAUAAUUUAUUUUUCAAAAAGAAAGUUUUUACAAUUCCUUUUAAAUGAGUCCUGAAGAUUUAAACAACCCAAACCAAAUAAAGACUUUUUUCUCUCCAAAGAGGAUCGCUUUUUCCCUUUUCAUACUAUUUUUUGCAAUCAUUUUGACUUUUAUUUAAAACAUUUUUGCUCUCCUUGAUCUUUUAUGCAGUGCUGAAGAGCCAGGGGAGACGUUGACUGUUGUGGCAGUCUGUCUCAAAAACAGGAGCCAAACUAUUCUGCAAUAUUUUUAAUGGCCUUAAUUACCGAUCAAUUGUGUUCUUCUCAUGUUUGGUUUGUUGUUUUUCUGCUAUUUUGUAUACUGCUUUGUUAAUUUGUUCAGUUGUUUUGGGAUGAGCUGGUGGGCCUCGUUGAUUGCUUUACAUGAUAGGUAGUCCUGUGUUACCAUGGCUGCAUUCCAAAUGGUACCCUAUAUCCUAUAUUAUACUUAAGGCUUAGGGUUCCAUUUGAGAGGCAACAUAUUGCCAGAGACCUCAGCGCUGGUUUGCCAGGCCACUAGAACAGGAAAAAGUGUCAGCCUGUAUUUAUAUAGUUUUAAGGCAAAGGCUCAAGGUCAAUAUAAGGAAGGAUGGAUUUUCCUGAAAAUGCCACUAAAGCUGAGUGUUAUGGUAUCUGACAUACUACAGCGGUAUGACAGGACAGACCGGUGAAUGAAAUGAAAGAUUAAAAUGCUUUUACCCUCAAGAUUUGCUCAUUGUUAUCGUCUUGACCCCAGGAACCCCUUUGAAGUAAUAGUUCUGUAUUGGCUACGUUUGCAUCCAAAACAGACUUUAUGGUCUUUUGAGCGCACGGACAGAUCGUGUCUGACCUUCUUGACUGCCUUGUCGAGAGAGUCCUACCGAAGUCACAGACGCCUACUACCCAAGAUGCACUUGUCUCUCGACUGAGGACCAAUAGGAGUGGCUGUGACAUCAGUCAAGACAAUACAGUGCCUGUGUCUACUUUGUCGGAGUGCAUGCAAGCAUCUACAUCCAGUUUGGACUGCUCAGAAGCAAAUCUUUUUGAAAUGAAAACAGAACAAGUGAAAACAAACGACGUGGAACAACAGGAUACACAGAGGUAGCAUUUUGUUUCUCCAAUGCUUGAAAAAAAGAACAGGUUUCAUUUACAGUGGAACGUUCUUGCUGGUUCCUUGUAUGCAAAUGGAACGCAACGUGCAGCAUGCAGCUUGACCAAUGGCUCUGACUACAGCUACGGAAGGACUUUACCAUGUUGACGCUCAAACUCUUGAAUAUACCUUGUUUGCAUUUAUUUUUCUAUGUUUCAUCGUGGCGGGUUCCCUUUUUGGUACAAUAAAACAAAUCAAAAGAGUCGUUGGAACCUCAACGUUCAAAUGGUACAUUGAGAUUAUCUCACCUGAGCUUAAUUUCUAGGUAAUUGGUAAUUGGCGAGUUGGCCAUAACUAUCUUGAUUUGGUCACCAAAUUAGACAAAAGUAAAUAGCAAACUAGUGUUGUUGCUUCAUGGCGAACAGUGUUUGAAUGUGUGUCUGUUUCAUAAUGGUUUAUACUUUCUUUCUUUUUGCAAAAACAAAUUCUCUGAAUUCUCUGAAAACAUCUCUGAAUUCCUUCUUUGUGUAAGACUCAGAUUGGGACCGUGGAAAAUGUCCUGACAGAAAUAAUAAAUUGAUCAGUAUAUGAUUAAAAAAUGAUGCCUUGAAACUCA